GGAAAAUAUGGCGCCGAGAUGAAGGAAGAAAAGACGAACGCUGUGAUUAAUUUUUCCGUAAGGAACGAAGGAUCCGUGCUGAAUAAAGAACAAUCUGAUCAGGGAGGCGACUGACGAAAAAACGCCGUGGUUGUUUCGAUGACAAGAGUGUUUUGAGUCCACUCCAACUUAGACACUGUUAUCAGGCAAAACCGUGUUGCGAUGGAGAAGCCAGUGUUACAGACGCAGCAUUCCGUGCUGCCAUUCUUCGAUACAGCCCAUGCUGUCAACCUGCUGCGCGGUAUCCACGAGCUCCGUGCUGAGCGCAAGUUUUUCGAUGUGACCCUGUGUGCCGAGGGGAAGGAGUUCCACUGCCACCGAACGGUUCUGGCCGCUGCCAGUACCUACUUCCGUGCCAUGUUUGCUGGUACGCUCCGUGAGAGCGCCAUGGACAGAGUGGCACUUCACGAGGUCUCGGCUGAGCUGCUCGGACUCCUUGUUGACUUCUGCUACACGGGCUGUGUGACCGUCACGUGCGACAACGUGGAUGUGCUGCUCAAGGCAGCUGACCUCUUUCAGUUCCCCUCAGUCAAGGCGGCGUGCUGCGCUUUCCUCGAGCAGCGCCUCGACGUCUCAAAUUGCCUCGAGAUCCAGGACUUUGCGGAGGCAUAUGCCUGCAGCGAGCUGGCCACCAGUGCCCGGCGCUUUGCGCUCAACAACAUUAUGGAGCUGGCCAAGGGUCAGGAGUUUGAGCGUCUCCCUUGGAAGCGCUUGCUGGAACUAGUCUCAGACGACGCAUUACGCGUGGACAAGGAGGAAACAGCUUACCAGAUAGCGGCACGCUGGGUUAAAGCUGACCCGCGGAGAAGGCUCCAGUACUGGCCUGAACUCCUUCAGCAGGUACGCCUGCCUUUCGUCCGACGCUUCUUCCUUCUAGCUCGGGUUGAGAGCGACCCACUUGUCUACCUAAAACCAGAGUGUCUGCGCCUGGUGGGCGAGGCACGCAGCUUCCAGUCGGGAGAGUACGACCGGCACGACCGUCCGUGCCAACGCAUGCGCCCUCGUCCUUCGACCGGUCUUGCCGAGAUCCUGGUUGUGGUGGGAGGUUGUGACCAAGACUGUGAUGAACUCGUGACCGUCGACUGCUUUAACCCGCAGACGGGCCAGUGGAGAUACCUUGCCGAGUUUCCCGACCAUCUUGGUGGAGGCUACAGCAUAGCAGCACUAGGCAAUGACAUGUAUGUCACAGGCGGCUCUGACGGUUCGCGGCUCUACGACGGCGUGUGGCGCUAUAACUCGAGCGUGAACGAGUGGACCGAGGUGUCGCCCAUGCUCAAACCACGCGAGUACCACAGCUCCUGUGUGCUGAAAGGCCAGCUCUACGUGGUGGCCUCGGACAGCACGGAGCGCUACGACCACGCACUGGACUGCUGGGAGACACUGACACCCAUGCUGCACCCCAUGGAUAACUGCUCAACGACAGUGUGCGGCGGCCGUCUCUAUGCUACCGGCUCGCUCACAGGCGAUAAUGCCAUGGCCAUCCAGUGCUACGAUGGCGACACCAAUCGCUGGAACCUGGUCAACUGCGGCCAGAUGCCUCCUUGGUCCUUCGCCCCCAAAUCAGUGACUCUCAAUGGACUCAUCUACUUUGUGAGGGAUGACUCUGCAGAAAUCGACACCUACGAUCCACAGAAGAACGAAUGGAACAAGAUUAGCCCGAUGAAUCAAGUCCACGUAGGUGGCAGCGUGUCGGCUCUAGGAGGCCGCCUCUACGUGUCCGGUGGCUAUGACAACACGUUCGAGCUGUCCGACGUGGUGGAGGUGUACGAUCCCGGCGCUCGCUCGUGGAGCCUAGCCGGUCGCCUCCCUCAGCCCACCUUCUGGCACGGCAGCGUCAGUAUCUUCCGCCAGUUCAUGCCCCUCGUGCCCAGUACUUUUGAGCCGGUCGACAUACCCGAGGCGGAAGACAUUCCCUUGCACCGCCACCAUCGGCACCACCAGGCUCUUCAAGAACUCAACAACGAGCUCAACCAGAACCACCGCAAUCGGGAAGUGAACCCGGCACGCUGAGGUUAUUGUCGAACUCAAAACUUAGUUACGCACUUUAUCACGUUUUCACCUCAAACGGAGAGCAACUUACUCUCUCCUUGUUCGCUUCUCUAAAUUCUCAUUAUGUUAGUGGGCUUGGUCAGUGUGGGAUUUGUUCCGCCAGCAUCGUUCUCAUCAGACUUUUUACUAUCAUUAUUACAACUAACUGAGUAAUUACAACUUAUUACAACUAAGAAAUAAUUACAUAAAAGCAUUGUGAUGCUUAAAAAAACAAACAAGAAAUGCACAUUUGCAUAAUAAUCAUUUGAGAGUUUAGUAAAGGAUUUUCUCUUAUGACUAGUGAAGGUAUUAGUUCCCUUAUCUAUGCAACUUAAUAAUAGAAUACUUAAUAAUUCAAACUAAUCGUACUGAAGUUUUUUUUGCUAACCAUUUCAUCUGGCCAAAUAAUAAUAUUCCAGUAAUGCAAAGGUUUAUUCCAAUAAAGCGCUUAAAGAAUGUUUUUUGUUUUUUUUUUCCGCAAAAGCAAAGUAUGAUCAGCUAUUAGAUUGGAUUUUAUAAGUAUGAAGUUCAACAUUUCAGUAAGAAGGCUAGAUGUAGACGUGACAUGAUCUUUAAUCAUUAUAAAGGUUUGAAAGAAGAAUAAAGAAGAAUUCAACAUAUAAUUGGCUGCUAUGAACCUGAGCUGUUUCAGAAAAAUGGUUAUUGUUUGUUAAGCCACACAGUGACCUAUGAAUCCUUUAAGCAUUAAAAAAACAUUUAACUAACUUAAGACAUUAACCAGUAAGCAAAGGUGCAGAUGACGACAGAUGAUCAGGCCGGUGAUUAGUGUACUGGUGAUGCUGGAUGCUGAGUGCUUCGACCGGAUGAGAGGGGAAACGAGGUCGCUGCUGAGGUUGUUACAUAAACAAAUCAUUUUUAAAUCUUGUAUUUUUAGGAAGUUUGCUGUCUGUCGCAGUAAAACAUUUGUUAGAGAGGUUGGCGCCAGUCUUUCGUACAGCUCUGUGUACAUACAGUACUGUGCAAGCAUCCUAGACACAUGCAAAUAAACUCUAAAGUUUAAAUAUCUUUAAAAAUAAAACGACUAGAAAAGGUAUUCAAAUAAACACAGUCGGUAUUAAGUGCAUCAGUGCAUUUUUAUCAAGGAAAUGAGCUGGUAAGGUUUUCUGAGCGUUUAUGAGAACCUGACACAGUUCUGACACGAGGCACUGGGAAUGUCAGACCUGUUAUAUAAGAACAGAUGAAACCAUGUAGACUUCAUUAUUAUUAUAGUCUGAAAAAUGGUGUAUUAUGUAAUCUGUUGCUACCUUGACUGCCAUACUAACGUUUAUCAUGUAUUGUUUGUUUUAUUCCGUUGGAAAAGUAAUAUUCAGAAUCAAUUUUUUUUUUCAUUAACACACGUCAUAAAAUAAACAUUUAGGACGAAUUAGAAUGCCUAAGAUGUUUGCACAGUACUGUGGAAAUGUUUUCCAGACCAGGCUAUUUUUUUUUUAUUUUUUAUUUUUUUAUUUCUUUCUCAUGGCACAAUGGGAAUACCAUGCAGUUUAAACGAUUUAGAUCAUCAGACUGCCAAGACUUUGGCAUUUAAACGAGGAGUCAAAGCGGGACUUUUAAUUGCACAAGAGUAAAAAAAAAUUAUAAUAAAUUCUCUAUGUAACCCCCUGCUACACUAAUGCCUUUAUCUUAGUGUUUCACUAUCGGUUGGAUACGGCCAAGGUAGAAACUUUUCUGAGUAUGUUGGAGGCAUGAUCGUAUGGACGUCCUUAAAACAUUCAAAUUACCGUACUGUUCUCAAAAUCUUCAGUAAAUGUCAAUCGGGUUCUUUUUCCGCCUUCAUACAUGAAAAAUUUCCUGGAAAAAGUCCCAGUUUGACUUGAACGGUCGAUUGAUCAACAUUUUAAAUAGAUUACUAGUUUCUUCUUGUUAUUAAUAUUGAUAUUAUAUAAUAUUAAUCUAUUCUACCAAUACUACUAUUGUAGUAAUGCAUGCUGGGUACAGGAGCCCUGCACCAUUUCUUAGUGUCCAUCACAAACAAAGCUCAGCCAGUAUGUUAUGAUGAUGUAAUAUAAUCCUGUACUUUAGCAUAGCUAAGCAAAGUAUGCUUGUUUACAUGUGCGAAUAUACAGAACACUACAGUGGGUUUGUUUUGUAAUGCUUUAAAUUUCAUUUUAUGCUAUUAUUAAUAAGGACACAUACAUGUUCAGUGUUACAAAUAGAACAAUCCUAACAAAAGACAGGAAAUCCAUUGUCUGAUGUACAGAACAUUACUCUGGUGGGAAUCCUGCUGGUUGUUUUUAACGCUGGCCCAAGCCUCGCUACUGGAGCCGUGUACAUUCGCGUUGCAUGUUUCUACGACACUAGAAGGAGACGGGUUAGAGACAGAAGUCUCGUUAUGAAGUGGUGCCUAGUAAUGAUCCAUACUUUGGGAACCGGAUAGACAACGGGGUCUGCCGAAAGCAAGCCACAGCUAUUUUUCUUUUUCUCUUUUUCAUUAAGAAUUUUAUUCAAUUCUUUGUGACGUACAUCAUAACUCCACACUUAACUAAAGAUCAAGUGUCGGAUCGCUCGAUUAAUAUUUACAGCUUAUGAUCGCCAAAUAUGGAUUGCACUGCAGAGAAAAUAACAUUACAUCUAUUUUUCUGAUCUUUUUCUCGCCUCAUACCAGACAAUCUAUUAUGCAUGAAUUUCUGUUCUUUUUUACAUGAAUUAAUGUCUCACAGUAUUUUGAUAGGAACUUUAUUUAUGGAUGUCUAGACGUGUUUUUUUUUUUUUUUUAAUGAAGGUGUGUAACAGUACAUGAAGAUGAAGCUUUGUUUGAUUUGCUCAACAUCUUUCACUACGCUGGUAAAAAACUGGAAAUUAGUAAUCUCUUCUCAAGCAGAUGUUGUUGUUUUAUUACUAAGGGUUUUUAUUAUAGAAAUGGUACUUGUAAACUUUGUGUUACUUUGUUUUUUUUUACAAUAUUUGGUUUUAGUUUGUGGCCAAAAUCCUGUUCACCGUACAGGCCUUGUGUUUUAAUUGGUGUAGUGAUGUCUGUAAGUGUGAUGAAGGAAUAAACUGCAGGCAGGA